AUGUCGUUUUCAAACUUGUUCGAAGAGCUUAACACCGUAACCACCGUAGUCACAUUGCGUUGCGCAACGGCAGAAUGCAACCACAGCGAAGUACUAACCACGAAUAUCCGACUUGACCUUCAACCACAAUGGCACGUAUUCAAACACGAGGUGGAAAAAGAAUUCCUCUGCUUCGACUAUGUCAAAUACGAACCGGAGUUUCCCAGCGCACCCGAGAACAAGGACUAUAAAUUCAUUGAAUUCAAAUGCUCUGAGUGCGCUACCACCGAUAGCGAGAAGAGAUUCUACGAUUUUGCUAGAGAACAAUUGCCUAUGAUUUUCAUUGGGAAGUGUCGGGGGUAUUUGGAGACUGAGCAUAAGGGCAUGCAGUAUGAUCGGGAAAGCGCAGUUAAUUAUUUGAAAUGUAUUUCUGGGCAUCUGGUAUUGGAAAUACAUAAGGAGGUUCGUAAGGAAUGGCUUGAAAGUUUGGAGAAGGGAAAGGGAAAGGGGAGAAGGGAAAGGGAAAGGAGAGAAUGGAUUAGGUGCUGGAGAAAGAGAUAA